AGACUGUGGUUUGAACGCCAUCCUCUGUUCCGUCAAGUGUGAGUCGAUCUUACAUUUCUGCCGCAAUUUGAAUGGCUUAUAUCGACUGCUCGAUUUUUGUGUGACGAGUAUCGAUUAGUCUAGUUGUGUUUAUUAUUAUCUAGUUGUGUUUAUUAUUUAGAAUAAGGCGCGGUGUUCCUCUUUUGUUUACGCAAAUUACUUAUUAGAGUAAGCAGAUCAUAGCAGUAAGCAGCCUGAUACCAUGCUGAUGUAUUGGGGAUGUUAUAAGCAAGGCAGAGAUACAAACGUCAAGAACAGCCAAUAGAUGACAGCACUAACAACUCUGAAACAUUACUAAAACAAAAACUGACAAACUCUCAGUACAUCCUUUUGAAUAAGAGGAUUUGGGCUUCCAUUUUAUACUCUUGGAUUAAAGCAUCAUUUAUCUUCCAUGAAGAGAACAAGAGAGAAAACAUCAAAAGGAAAAAAGAGAAUUGAAACAGAAGCUACAAGUUGUUACUUUCCAGCAGCUACUGAAAAGGAAACUGGUGCUGUAAACUCCAAUCUGGUGAUCUCAGAAACAUGUGGAAGCAACAGAUUAAAGGAAGAGUUCUUUGACAUAUACUGUGAAGAUUUAGCCAGAAACCUCAUAGGGAAAGUACUUGUGAGAAAAUUUGAUAAUAUAACCCUGAAAGCCAGAAUUGUUGAAACAGAAUCUUACCUUGGUGGUGUUGACAAGGCUUCACAUUCUUACAAUGGGAAAAUUACUGAGAGAAACAAACCAAUGUUCAUGAAACCUGGAACAACUUAUGUAUAUUUUACGUAUGGAAUGUACCAUUGCUUCAACAUUUCUAGUCAAGGGGAUGGGGCUGCUGUUCUUAUAAGAGCAUUGGAACCAAUUGAAGGAUUGAAUUACAUGUGUCUCCAGCGACAGAAAAGUAAGAAAAGAAAAAAUGAUGGAAAUGUAAAAACGUCAUUGCAAAACAAUAAUCUGAAACCACAUGAACUAUGUAAUGGUCCAGGGAAGUUGUGUAUUAGCAUGAAUAUUGAUCGUCAUACUUGCAACAUGAAAGAUUUAAGUCUGUGGGAAGGGAUGUGGAUUGAGGAAGAUAAUGAAAGUCGUAAAAUAUCAGAAAGUGAGCUUUUUGUUAAAACACACAGAAUUGGUAUUGAUUCUGUUGGUGCAGAGUGGGCUAAGAAACCACUUCGUUAUUAUCUAAUGGGAAACAAAUCUGUUAGUCGGUUGGAUAAGCAGAAGGAGUUAGAACUUAGAAAUAUGGUUGCAUCAUCUUCAUGAGACACCCACUUUUGUGCAAUAUGUCCCUUGUGUUUUGUUACCAUGUUACUAGAACAGUAACUAAACUUAGUGUAAGAGUUUUGUAUGCUGGUGGACCAGUGGUUGGAAAAACUAGAAUACCUUCAUAUGAAGAGGCAUUAUUGUUCGCGCAAACAAAGUUAACACUUGGCACGGUGGCUGAUGGGAGGGACGAAAAUGGGAAAUGCCUUUGCAGGCACUGCGCCAAGUGUCAACUUUGUUCGCGUGUGUAGCACAGUAGACUUUAAUCUGUGAUCCUCUGUUUGGAAUGGUCUUACUAUUAGAAGCAAUUACCAAAUAAAAACCUAUGCCAAACAUAUUCUGGCAUCUUCCAGAUUUAACAUUUCCAUUUUUGAUUAUAUGUAAUGUUUUCUUAAAAAAAAAAAAAAAGUACUGAUUCUUUUAACUCGUACAUCAAAUGAAAGUGUGUCUUUAUUAUUAUUAUUAUUAUUAUUGGUUUGGCCUACUAAGGACGACAUCAAAUGACACGUCUUCUUUCUUUCCAGUAGUUUUUCACGCUUUCCACAUGUUUUUCUCUUUGUUUCCUUUUGUCUCUAUUAUGCGGGUCAUUUUUCUUUGUUCUCUCCUGGAAGCCUUUGAAACAUUUUACUUUGUUCUGUACUUUUAUCUUUUACUUAUUUCUUCCUGCUUUAUUUACAUUUCCCUCAGGUCUGUUUUAACUCCUUUGAUCCAGAUCAUUGAUGUUUUUGGGUUUUGGUCAAAAAAGUUAAAAAUUCUUUUUGUUAUUUUGUUUUCAUCUAGUCUUUCUAGGUGUCCAUGGAACACAACUCUUUUCUUCCUCAUCGUGUUUAAUGUUCAUUCUACUUUUUCAUAAAUUUCUUUAUUACUACUUAAUUUGCAUUUCCCAGUUUCAUAUGUUUGUCCCAAGAUUUUCCUGAUUAUUUUCCCUUCCUUCUAUUUCCCUAAUUGUUUGGCUGUAUUUAAUGAAAGGUGUUCUGAAGCAUAAAAGCAUUCUGAUCUAAUGAUAAUGUUGUAACAUCAGAGUUGAGUGUUUAUGGAAAUAAAUUCCUUGCUAUACAGAUUUUUUGUUAAGUUAAUAGCCACCUCCAAUUUCUUUGCCCUUUCUAAGUUAGUUUCUUUGUCCAAAGCAUUUUUUUUUUGUAUUAUUUCACCUAAAUAUUUAAAUUUUGUAGUUUUUUUUAAUUUCAUCCAUAAUCAGUUUCCAUGUAUUUUGUGCCUCCAGCACAUUUGUCAUAUACUCUGCUUUUUCAAAAGAUAUAGAUAUCAAAAGAUAUUGAAGCUGUCUCAUGUAGGAGAUUUAUCUGCAUUGUAGCUAAGAAUGCAAGACUGUCUGCAAAGGCCAAACAAGCAGUUCUCAGAUUAUCCCCUUUUCUUCCAGUUAUGCUUUUUAAAAUCCUUCUUCUUCUUCUUCUGUUCUUUUCUUCCAUUCCUUGGUUACCUUUGCUAGUACGCAGUUGAACAGCAGUAGAGACAAUCCAUAUCCUUCUCUUACACCAGUUUUCAAAAGCCUUAGAGAUUUCACCCAAAAAUUUAAUUUUGUAUUUGUUACUGUGUUUUUUUUUUUUUUAUGGGUAACACUGAUUAGUUGUCAACUCCAGGGCCAGCUUGGUGGGUGACAGAUCGAGCCAUCAUGCAGGGCAGCAGAUUUUUGAUGAAGGCAAAAUGCUAUAUUUUAAUAUGGCUCCAAAAGGAUGAAUUAAACAAGACAGUAAAAGAAACUUCCUGGCAGAUUAAAGCUGUGUGCCGGACUGGCAGUUUAAAACAGUGUGCCAGACCGAGACUCAAAGUCCCUAGUUUGAGGCUUGGUCCGGCACACACUUUUAAUCUGCCAGGAAGUUUCAAAUCAGUGCACACUCCACUGCAGAGCGAAAAUUUCAUUCUGAAGACAGUGAAAGUUUUCAUAAAGUUGGAGAAUAAAUUGGAAAUACAAACUAUUCAUAAAAUCUAGUGUCUUACUGUAAAUUAUAUGCAGUAUUGUGAAACAGGUGACAGAUGAAUAUAUGGUUUCAUAUAACAGCAUAACACUUCAUAUAUAGAAACCUUAAACACCUGAUCAGUAUUGCUGAAAAAAAACUUUGUAACAAAUAAGUAAGGAAUAAGUAAAAUACGAGCUGCCCACCAUAUGCCAUAGUCUUUUGAACCCAGACAUUGUGAUCAAGCAGUGUUUAUAAGUGAAAAAAUGCAUGCCAUCUUUACCCCGACCCCUCCCCUCCCUGCCCCAAUCCCUCUCCUUUGGACCUGCAAGUUAUUACCAUUUACAUUGCUCUUCGUGCCACUCUUCUCUAAAUUCUUUUUUUCUAUUUCAUCUGUAACUGUGUUUGACGCUCCCUCAUUUUCUUUGCUUUCUCAGUUUUGAAAGACAUAAUCAGCAGAUUGAUAUUCAGAUCAUCUAAAAAAAUAAAUAAAUAAAUAAACCUGUCAAACCGUAUUUCGGAGCUAAAGCAACUAAUGUGCACUUCAUGAACUGCUUAUUCAGUUUUGUCGUAUUUCAAACUUUUUGCAUUCCAAUGACCUUAUUAGUGUUUGACUGUUACUUUUUGUUACAAUAGAUGAAAGUGCUUUCAAAACUGCCUGUUUUAAGCCAUAAAUUGUGCUCGGGGAAUGUCAGAGUGAGGACCUUCUCAAUAUUUGACCAUAACUGUUUUUCCUUUGUAUACUUUGGGCCCACUAAAUAGGUCCUGGCAAUUUAUACACUUGUUUUCCAACAGAUAAAGCCAUUAUGUGUAAGUCAUUCGACUUUCUACAGUGCAAGCUCUGAUAAUACUGCCAACAAUGCAGUUCUCAGUUAUGCUGAUUGCUAUUGUGCUGAUCAUGGUACUGCCACUCCGUCUCCAUGACCAUGUUGCAAACUCUGCUCGGUUGUUUAUUAAUGGACUACAACUAAUACAAGCACUGAUCAAAAAGUUUCCAUUUGAAGGUGUUAUUGCAGUGUAAAUGCAAUGUAGUGCAACUCCAAUGCAGCUAUAUAAGCACCAAGAUGUAGUCACCGGAUUAGCAUGGCGUUCAUGUCUUUCCGAUGUGUGUGGUAAAUGUGGAAAUAUGAACUAUGGCAAGUUUAUUAUCAAAUACAACCAAACAGGAACAAUGUGCUGUUAUUCAGUUAUUGGCUGCUGAAUGAUAAACAUUGGUAGACAUCCAUCAGAGGGUGAAGAAUGUACAUGAGACAGCAUGUUUAUCAAAAACCACCGUUGUGGAGUGUCAUGAUGCAGAAGUUAUACCAUCUCAAAGUGGAGACAUUCAAUCACCUGCCCUAUGUUCUGAUUCUUACCAUCCUGUUACCAUGUCUUCAGUCCCUUGAAAAAGGCAUUGAAAGUUCAACGAUUUCUGUCAAAUGAGACUGUGCAGCUGACAGUGACAGGCUUCUUCAUGCAACAGGACACAGUGUUUUGUGAAAUGAGUAUCUUCAACCUGGUGCACCAAUUGUAUGAUUGCCUCUACGCUCAUGGUGAUAUUGCCUGAUUACCAGACCGAUUUUGGACUGUACAGCCUUCAAAUGGAAACUUUUUUAUCAUCCAUUAUGGUUGUGAGUGAGGCUGGGCAUAGUGGUUGAACUGUGGUUUAUGUCACUGAUAGAGAUUUGUAUGUUCUGUGCUUGUUAGAAACAUAUUUCAUUUGCCACACACUGUUUAUUUUUAUUAUUAACUUUGUGCAGUGAUCAACACAACAACAACAACGUGCUUGUUAGAAACAUAUUUCAUUUGCCACACACUGUUUAUUUUUAUUAUUAGCUUUGUGCAGUGAUCAUGUAGGUGAAGAAAGUUUGUAUCCUGUUGUAGCAUUCCUGUUGUGGCUGUCUAGUAAACACAACAGUAAUGAUUUCAUUAAAAGUUAGUAUUUGUUGACUCAACUUACAGAGUCCGGGGAUUAGUGGGUAACGUGAAAAGGCUGUCUCACUGUGACACACCAUGUUUUCAUUAGUCUGUAUUGCUAAUAGUGUAAGUCCUUACAGUGUCUGAUGGCAGAAAGUGUCUCUCAGACAAACAGUAUAGGAAAAAAUAAACUGAAAGAAAAAUGUAGAUAAAAUAUUCUUCAAAUAAAGUUUUUUCAAACUAAA